UGAGCAUUUGUAAUUACGUGUAUAUACUAAUACUUUAUAUACUAUUACGUGCAUAUGCAUGGCAACUAUGUGAAGAUAAUGAAUACACAGUUAUAUUCUUGAUAAUAAGAGAAUUUUUUCAUAUGUUACAAGUAAUCAAUAUGCAAAAGUUUAAUAUAAUAAAACACGCAUGAGCAUAGCACGACAAUAUACGUUACAUUUCAACUAAGAUAUCAUCAAAAGAUAAGGUUAAAGUUUUAGAAAUUCUGUUACAUGAUGGCAAAUACCGGUUUAUUAGUUUUAACAAAUCCUACAAAAGUGAUGAAAUUAUUACCGAUGAUAAAAAAACACGUAUUAAAAACUUUAUAUAUCCAAUAUUUUCCAGAAAAGAAUAUAUUUCUUUCUGGUAAUCAAAUGAUUACAAAUCCUCAGUGGGGAAUAAGUCGUUACGCUCAAAUCGUUACCGAUAUUUAUGUCAAUACAUCUACUAUAUUUUCUCCACUUGAUGUUCGAGUGUUACUUACAAGUAUGAAAAAUCCUAAUAUAUCAGUAAUAAAUACCAAGAAACCUGUGGAAAUAGUUAUUUUUGAUAAAGCUUGUAGUAAAAGAGAAGCUGACACAUUCAUUCAAGAUUAUUUAGCAAACACUUCCAUGGGUUGUAGUUUUAUUAAUUUUACUGAUGAUCUGAAUUCAGGAAAGUUAGAUAGUAUAACAUCUUGUGUUAAUGAAGAAAAAACUUACAAGAAUGUAGUACUUGGUGGUACAUUUGAUCGAAUACAUAAUGGACAUAAAAUAUUUUUAAGUGAAGCUGCAUUGCGUUGUACAGAGAAACUUACAGUUGGUGUAACUGAUACAAAUAUGUUGUCUGCAAAAUUAUUAUGGGAACUGAUAGAACCUUGCUCUAUAAGAAUUUUAAAUCUCAAAGACUUUCUAGAAGACAUAGAUCCAACUAUAACAUAUGAAGUUAUGGCCAUAAAUGAUAUAUACGGACCAACUAAAUAUGAUUCAACAUUUGAGAUGAUAGUAGUUAGCGAAGAAACAAAACGUGGUGGAGAUAAAGUGAAUGAAAUACGUGAGAAAAAUAAUUUAAACAAAUUAGACAUUCAUGUCGUGAAAUUAAUAAACGAUGAGAAUCAUAAAGAACAUGAAGAAAGUAAAGUCAGUUCUAGUAAUCAAAGAAUACGAUUAUUGGGAACAAAACUUAAAGCUCCUCAAAUAGGGAAUAAACCUUUAAAACCUUAUAUCAUUGGUUUGACUGGUGGUAUAGCAAGUGGAAAGUCAUCUGUAGCUGAGAAACUACAAAAAUUGGGUGCUGCACUUGUCAAUUGUGAUAAAAUAGCUCAUGAUUUAUAUUUACCUGGUAAAAAGUGUUUUGAUACGAUAGUUGAAAAUUUUGGUCCCACUAUUUUGAAACCUGAUGGAUCUAUUGACAGAAGAAAACUCGGAAAUAUAGUAUUUAAUGAUCAAACACAAUUAAGCAAGCUAAACAAGAUUGUUUGGCCCAUAAUUUUAGAAGAAGCAAAGAAACAAAUAUAUGAUUUCAACACAAAAGGAUUUGAUGUAAUUGUAAUGGAAGCUGCUGUUUUAAUUCAAGCUAAAUGGCAACAUGAAUGUCAUGAAAUCUGGACAUGCAUUAUUCCACAAGAAGAGGCUAUACGACGAAUAAUAGAAAGAAACGGAUUAACCGAAGCUGAUGCAAAAGUAAGAAUUCAAGCUCAACCAAGUAAUGUAGAACAAAUCAAAGAAGCAAAUGUUGUGAUAUGUAGUUUAUGGAGUCAUAACAUUACCGAAGAACAAGUGCAGAGGGCAUGGAAUGAGUCAAUGACAUUUUUAACCAAUCAAGCAAAAAGUUAACAGAAAUUAUGUUAGUACAAAAUCGCAAAUAUCUAUUAAAAUCCUUAUUAUUUGUUUGUAUAAAAUAUAAUUUUUAAUAAGUUGUGCUAAUUCUAAA